UCUCCGCACGAAAAACACAAGUAGAAGCUCUCCCAGUUUAAACUUGUUGGCCAAAUGGAUCAAUACCAGUAUCCUUUGUUUUUUGAGGCCAGAGAUCUGACAGACAGAGAGAACGGGAAGAUCUGGAGAUUUUUUCAAAAAAGAAAAGACUCUGGGGGAGGUGACUGUGCGAUGAUUGAGAAGGUCGGAGGAAAAAUAUAUAAAGUCUCGUUCAAGGAGAAAGAGGACCAGGAAAGAGUCUUGCAGAGGAAGUUUCACACAAUCUCUCUUCCCGCUGGAGAACUCCGGCUGACUGUGAGUCGAACUGAUUCAGCACAGACCCCAGACCAGCCCUCGACAAGCCAGUCCCAGACAUCUAAGAAAACAAAUACAAAAUGUCUUGAGAAGAUUUUCGAACUCGACAUCUUCCUCAUGUACUACCUGAGAGACAAUCCUAAAGCAUACAAAGUCCUACAAAAGCAGCUCUCCUUGAUCAACUGCACUGUGGAGUUAGAUUUUGAUGAGGAGGAGGCAGUGGUGAGGGGGGAUGUUGAUAAGGGAUCCGGAGGAGCUUUUGGAGUUGUUGCAGAGAAAUGGGAGCUACAGGUGGAUCAGAUCUUCAUCUCCAUCACUGAAAGCUACCUGUGCUAUCACGUGGUUGAGCCAAAAAAAGUGAAGAAGUUGCUGCAGGACCGCCAGUAUGUGACUGAUGAUAUGAGAGUGUACCAUGAGAGUGGUUAUUCUGUGGUGGUGGGACAGGUUGAAGCUGUGAAUGAGAAGAUUGCGAUUUUAGAGAAGAGCCUUCCGACCCGCAGGGAGGUGCCAGUCGUGGAGAACCACUUGAAACUGGUAAAAGAAGAGUUCAGUCGAGAAAUGCGUGCUGAUUGUCCAGAGGUCAGAAUCACCAGAGCCUCUGCUAUGAUCAUUUUGGAAGGUGCUGAUGAGAUGGUGCAGUCAGGUGCUGCAAAACUCAAUGAGUUGAUCAAGAAGAUAAAAGAGAAGAGACUCAAUCUCGCCACAGAUUUAUUAACUUUCAUGAAAACCAGCGGUGCCAUCUCCAAGUAUGAUGCCCGCUUCAAGCAGACCUUCAGAAAUCCAGUUUCACUGGACAUCGGGUCAGACCUGCUUCUGUCCAGCUUGUCCUCUGUGUCCCUGGACGAGGCUGAGGUUAUGUUGCUCAGAGACCUGAGGGUGGUCAUUGUACCGUUGCAGGGGGCAGCAGCUGGACCUCCAGAUGUGAACAGCCUGAAAGAAGUCCUCAACAAAGCCAAGAACGAGGCGAACCGCGGGGAGCUCAGGGUGGAUGUCAGCUUCAUCCCAGGACCCAGUGGACCCCCAGUGACCACGGUACAACUGGUGGGGUACACCGAACAUGUGACCAAGCUCAAAGAAGUUCUUCACGACUACCAAAUGAAUCAAGUUUCAGCUCAAGAGACUUUGAACCUGAUGCAUCCUGAAUUGGUUGAUAGCUUUGAUGAAAUCCUGCGUCUACUUGGCAUGAAGCAGACCAACGUGACGUUGAAAGCCUCCCAUUUUCCCCACCCAUGUGUGCUCUUGUCUGGUCCUCGUUGUCACGUCCAGGAGACCCACCAGGCCCUUAUCUCUGCUUUAUCCAGCCUGACAUUAGACACCUUGGUUCUUGAUGGACCAGGAGCUAUGCGCCUUUUCCAGGGAAAUGGUCGAGAUAGCAAGAAGCUGGUUGAGAGUUCCUGUCACGUCCUGAUCAGGGAACAGCAAGAUGUCCUCUCACAGUCUGUGAAAACCAAACCACAACAUAUCAGCAGCAUCCCAAGUGGACCUUCCACUGACAGACCCCGCCUCAGCUCUGUCGGAAGCACUGCGAUCAGCAAAAUAAACCUAAAUAUCAAGCUGUCCAGUUUAGAAGAUGAGCAGGUGGAUGUUUUGGUGGCACCUAUGCUGAAAAAGCAGCUGGAAUCCACAAAACUUGGUAAAGACUUGCUCCGAAAAGGAGGAAGCACUGUCAAGUCAACCUUUGACAUGACGGCAUCGAUCAGUACCCUCGCCCCUGGUGAUGUUAUGCCGAUUGUCGCGUCUGCAUCUUUGAGCUGCUCCAGGAUCUUUUUCAUAGAGUGUUCACCAUGGGAUGGUGUCAGAGGAAAUAGUGUGCAGGCACUUGGUAAAGGGUUGAAGAAGUGCUUGGAGCUCUGUGUACAGCAGGGCUUUACUUCAGUGGCCAUUCCAGUGAUCGGCCCUGGCAUUGUCUUGAAGUACCCUCUAAAAGAAGCCAUUCGACUGCUGAAAGACGCAGUUUGCGAGUUUGGAUUAUCUUCUCCCGGUGGGUCACUGUCUACCAUCCACAUUAUCAUCAAACCUGGUUAUCCUGACUCUGUGGAGUGCUACCAUGAAAUGAAGAAACACCUCAUCUCAAAUAUGAACCAGGGGGGCCAAGCAAUCUUCAGACCCCUCACCAGCGAUCUUGAUGAUAUCACCAUGACAGCAGGAGGCGGGGUCAAAGUAGAAUUGAUAUUCGGUGACAUCACUAACGAAACUACAGAUGCUGUGGUGAACACAACAGACUUUGUAGAUUUUCAGAAUGAUGGGGUGUGCAAAGAUAUCUUGACAGUAGCUGGACCCCGUGUGGAAGCGAAGCUAAAAGCAGCAAAUGUGAACCGAGGACAGAUUUUUGUGACUGGAGCCGGGUCGUUCCCCUGUGAAGCCAUUUUACAUGUGUGUGGACAAAAGGAUGCAAGUGUCAUUGAGGGACUUGUGUGUAGCAUCAUUGACCACUGUGAAAACUCUCAGUUAGAGUCAGUCGCAAUCCCUGCCAUCUGUUCUGGAACUGGUGGAUUGGACCCAGGUGUUGUGGCAGGUGCAAUCCUCAGAGGCAUCAAAGCUGCUACUUCAUCCAAACUCUUUCACAACCUCACCAACAUCCGCCUUGUGCUAAUUAAGAUCGACGUCUUCCUGGCAUUCAAAGAGGAAGCAAUGCAGAUGUUUGCCAAUGCAAGGACAGGAGUCUCAGUGCCUCCAAUGCCUUUGGCACCACAACAUUCACCCCAGCCCUUGAGAGCAGAUCUAAGCAUUCUCCAAACCAGCUCCACAAGUCAGAAAUCCACCUUCCUGUUUUGGGGUCUAUCUAAAAAGGAUGUUGAUGAUGCCAUGGUAAAGCUGAAGAAUCUGUAUAAAACACAGUGCUCCACACAAACGUUCAAGAAGGAGAAUCUUGAGAGCCUCUCCCAAGAUGACAUGAUGGAUCUGAAGCAGCUGGCAGAGACCUCUGGUCUGUACAUGCAACAGGACCCAUCAGGAAACUUAACAGUGGACGGGUUGAAUGAUGGGGUCAACCAGGCAAUAGGGAUGAUUAAUGCAGCUGUGCAAGGCAAUCUUAGGAGAAAGAUGGCAGUCAAAGAGGAGGACGAUCUGUACUCCCGUGUGGCAUGGUGCAUCCUCGGGCAAAAUGGCCACUGGGAACGACUUUCCAAAGCAGCCAGUUACAAACUGGAAACAAGGGAUAUAGCAGGAGGAAUAGUGGAUGUGCAGGGAGUCUUGUGGACUGUAGACCGGCAGAGGAUGGAAGCCACAGCAAAUUUGCAGCAGACGAAACUGAAACGACUUGAAAACCUGGCAGAUUUCACAUUCCCUCUUUAUUGGGACAGCAUGGCUAUCGGCGAAACCAUGAAGGUGGUUGCAUUGCAGCCUUCCUCUGCAGAGUACCGGACUGUGAAGGAGGCCUUCAAACGGACUGCCAAGAAGACCGUAAUGAAGAUUGAGCGCUUGCAGAAUAUUCAUCUCCGCCGUGCCUACGAGGCACAGAAGAAGCUUAUAUCUGAGAAGAACACUCGGGACGGCGGUGCAAGUGAAAAGUUUCUGUACCACGGAACCACGCUGGAAAACUCUGACUCCAUCAUGAAAACUGGGUUCAACAGGCGCUUUGCUGGGCAAAAUGGAACGGCAUAUGGUCUUGGAACAUACUUUGCUGUAAACGCCAGCUACUCAGCCGCUCCCACAUACUCCAGCCCAGGCCCUGAUGGUUCUCAGCUGAUGUUUGUGGCGCGAGUCCUGACCGGCGUCUACACUCAGGGUCAAAGUGGCAUGAACGUGCCUCCGCCUCGUGACAACCUGCAAUCCCACAGCCGUUACGACAGUGUGGUAGAUAAAAUGGACAACCCAGGCAUGUAUGUUGUGUUCCAUGAUGACCAAGCUUACGCAGACUACCUCAUCACAUUUAAGUGAGGGCUGGGGGAAAAUGGUUUCUUUUGCCAUUUUGAGGGUUUACAAGAGCAGUUAUUAAGUACUAAAGUGUAGUUAAGAAAUGUUUAUCUGCACAGGUGUCAGGUUUAGCCGGUUUUACUGUCUCCUUGCAUCAACAUACCUGAAUCGAAUCAAUGGCAACUUACUAAGUGGCUGACACAAGCUUUUUUGCGUUACAUACAGUAGCGUGGCUUUAAGCUCGUUAUGAAUGUUUCGAACAUUAAACUGUGACAACGCCAUAAAUUAUGAGACAGUUAAUGAAUACAUUUUGAUAAGUGAUUAUUUACAACAUAUUUUAUCUGGUUUAAAAGCUAUGGCUCAAGAGAUAAGCUAAGUUAGGGUAAACUGAAAUCAGAAUUUAUUGAAAUUUUAUUGAAUGAAUGUAUCCCUUACAAAGUUUCUACUCAAGUGAAAAAUGGCUUGAUGAUUUCUAAGUACGUCUAACAUUUACUCACUUAUUUAUCCUUGAUAUUCUGAUUAAUUUUUGUACAAAUUGAAAACAUGAAAAGAAGAGGACAUACUCAAUGCUAAAAGAAACUUUGAACUUAAGUGCAGUUAUUCUGUGGAAAUUAAUUUUAAUUGCUGUUUAAGUGACAAUAUUAAAGAUGGAUCAGUCAA